AUGUCUUUCUUCUUCUUCUUCUCUUCUUCUAUGGAAGAAGAGGAGGACGUCUUCACUGGCCUGCGUCGACUGGCAGGCUCAACCAUCGGGACUUUUUCACGCAGAAAAGACACAGAAAAGACAGCAGAGACAGCAGAGACAGCGAGACAGAGAGAAGAGACAGCGAGGAUGAUCAGGAUGGAGACAGGGGCAGCAGAGGGCAGCAAAAGGAGAGGAGCUGCUGGGACAUGCUUGCUUUGCCUGAGGGUGGCGGCAGGAAGAAGAAACAGCAGCCAGAGAUACAGCCCGCGAGAGAUACGGCCAGAGAUACAGCCAGAGGGACGGACAGGAGAGACAGCUAGACAAGAGACGGAGACGGAGAAGAGCCAGGCAGGAGAAGAAGACGGCCUUGGAGAGAUCCAGUUUGGCCCCGGGGCAAAGAUGGCAGCAUCCCACUUCUACCUCAUCGGCUUGACUGUCACGAUAAGACUCUGGGCGAUCCUGUUUCACCGGCCAAAAGCAACGCCAGCAAGCUCCAUCGAGGGACCCAGCAGCGGCAGCCAGCGAUGCUGCAGAUUGGCUGGGACGGCAGCCUGCUGGGGCAGCUUUUCAGCAAUUUCAGGCAUAAGCCAGCGCAAGCAGGGCAGCAGCAGGGCCAAUCAGCCCGGCCGUCGCAGGAAGAUGCGGAAGACUCAGGCCGGCAUUACGCAGCUCGCAGGCUGUCGCAGUGGCAAUGCCAAUAGGAAGAGAGAAGUCCCUGUCCCUGCAUCGCUUUGGCUUCUGUGCCUGUCCUGGCUGCGGCUGCUGAGUGGUUGGCUCUUUGGUUGCUUAGUGGCUGGCCGUCUUCCAUUUGCUUGUCUUUUCUUCUUCCUCUUCUUCCUCUGCCAGCACAGCCAGACUCCACAGACAGACAGCAGAGAAGCAGACAGCAGCGAGAAGACAGAGAUAGUUGGACAGCAGAGAGAGACAGCAGGAGAAGAGAAAGACGGCAGAGAGGCAGUCAAUUUGCUGCAGUUGUCCCUGUGGCUGCUGGCGCGCCCUGACUCCGCGAUACGUCAGAAAAACCCUGCAGACAGACUCCAGACAGAGACUCCAGACAGACAGCAAAUACAGAACGGGAUAGAGGAUAGGAUACAGAGAAGGAUACAGAGGAAGAGAGAGAGAGAGAAGACGGCGUUGGUCGACUUGGACGCUGGAUUACGAGCCGGGAUGUCCAUCACCUCGCCCUCCGCCUCUGCAAAGAAGGCCAUCCACAAGAUUGACAUCGCCCAGGUAGGCCUCGUUUCUUCUUCUUCUCUUCUUCUAUUCUGCUCUUCUCCAGACCGGCUGGGACUCGCCAAAGUCCGCUACGAGCGCCUUCACGGCCUCCGCAGAGACAGCGACUCAGACGCCGACAGCCGCCCCCAGAGCCAGCAGCUGCAGCAACAACAGCAGCAACACCUCUACGGCCAGCACAAUGGCUUCCCCAGCGAGACAGGCUCCGACUGCUCCUCGUCGGACUCGGCAGACGCCCGCUACUCGACGCCCUUCACCUCCUCGCCCGUCCGCUCCCCGAUGCUGAGCAGGGAGCUGCCCCGGUCCGCCCGCAGCAGACACGCCGCCACCUUCGACAUCAAGACGAUGCAGUGCAUGACCUCCGGCGGCAGCUCGCGCAAGAGACGGCGCUGUGAUCCGGCCAUUGCACUCGCAGCGGCGGCAGCGACAGCAGGAGAGAGAGGAGACUCGGGGCGCCGCCGUCAGACUGUCCCCAAAAUGCCCCGGCUGUCCUUCAACGGCGGCAGCAGUGCCUCCGCUGCGCCGCACUCCUCCCCCCUGGUCAGACGGCAGCACCAGCGACGGACCUACCAGGCCAUGCCCUCCUUCGUCUCCGAGACAGACACCAUCCCUGAUCCCGACAUCGACAGCACCGACAUUGACCCCCAGCUAUCAUCCCGGCGUCAUCAUCUUCAUCAUCUUCAUCACCAUCAUCACGAAGAAGAAGAAGACCACCAACAACAACAGCAACCAUGCACGCCGCCUCCCCGACGCAGCCGCUUCACCCACGCAGACGACGACGCUGCAGCUUCAGGCUCCGGCGCAGACCUGCUCCUCUACCUCGCCAACUCGCCCACGCCAGCAACCAUCAACGGCAAGCCUGCCACUACAACAACAACGACAACGACAACUACUGCUGCUGGUGCUGCUAGCGGCAACGACUUCCUCCCCUCGACGCCGCCAACCCAGCACGCCGCUCCCUACCAGCUGCUCUCCACGCCCACGCCCUCCCAGCCCUUCAACUUUGCAGACUUUGUCAACGUCACUCCCAGCCCGGCCCAGCGAGGAUGGUCCUCUCGCACCCCGCUCACUACCACCGCCGCCACCGCUGCGGCUACUACUAAUAAUACUACUGCCUCUGCGUCCGGGGGAGCUGUCUCGCGCACUCCUCGCACCCCUCGCACCACCAAGGACGUCCGCAAGAGACUCAACUUUGACGCCCUCGCGCCCCCCAGCCCCGUCAGAGGCUCGAUCAAGCGUCACAACGCUUCUACCCAUGCUGGCCCUGCUUCGUCCAGUGCGGCCGGUCUAGCACUACAGCUCGGCGAGGAGUUGCCCAUAUAA